AUGGCGGAAAUAGCUGUAUCGCCACUUCUACAGGUGGUUUUUGAUAGACUAGCAUCCCCAGUCCUAGGAAAGCUUCAGGAACUCUGUGAUCUCAGGCAGAAUUUUGAGAAGCUAAAGGAGUCACUGAUAAAGAUUAAAGAUUUUCUUGACGAUGCAGAAGAGCGACAAGCAAAGGAGGGAAACGUGAAGGUUUGGCUAUCAAACUUAAAAACUGUAGCUUAUAAUUCUGAGGAUUUACUGGAUGAGCUUGCGACGGAAGUCAUUCUGUGCGAGAGAUUCAAUGCUGCUAAAAAUCAGGUACGCAGUUUUCUUUUGCCUUUUGAACCUUCCAGAAAUCUUUUUGAGGUCGCUGGUCAAGUUAAAAAAAUGCUAGCAUUGUUAGACAAGACUAUUGGGGAGAGUUCAAGCUUAAACUUAAGAAAGGGGGCUCAUGAAAGGGAAUCUGAGAGCUCAGCGAGUUUUAGAGAGACAGAUUCUUAUGUGACUGAAUCUAAGGUUUAUGGAAGAUUGGAAGAUAAAGCCAAAAUUAUAGAGCUUCUGUCUCCGAACUGUAAUAGGGAAAUUAAUACCAGAGAUGUUUCGAUCAUUGCAAUAGUUGGUAUAGGAGGCGUAGGCAAGACAACGGUAGCUAAGUUGGUCUACAAUGAUGUUGAUUUGAUGGGGUGCUUAGAUAUGAAAAUGUGGGUGCAUGCGUCUGAUGAUUUUGAUGUUAAAAAGCUUAUUAUAGCCACAAUAGAGUCUGCAACAAAUAAGACAUACCAAUUCACAAAUAAGGAUGUGCUUCAGCGUCUGCUGCGAGAAUCUAUAUGCGGGAAGAGUGAAAAUGUUGCAUCGCUAGUAGGAACAGGUUCCUCAUAUCAUCUCCGGGGCUUGCCUGAGGAUGAUUGUUGGGAAUUGCUCAAGGAGCAAGCAUUUCGUCCAGGAGAAGAGGAAGAUCAUAACUUAAAGCUCAUUGGAAAACAAAUUGUUAAGAAAUGUGGUGGAGUUCCACUAGCAGCAAUGACUCUAGGAAGUCUAUUGCGCUCCAGUAGAGACCAGGGUUACUGGUUGUCGGUGAAAGAUCGUGACUUGUGUAUUAUGGAUGAGAGCGUUAGUGGGAUUAUGCCUGCCCUAAAGUUGAGUUAUUUUCAUCUAAAAGUGCAUCUCAAACGAUGCUUUGCAUACUGUUCAUUGUUUCCCAAAAGUUAUGAUUUCAAGAAGGAGAAGUUAAUCCAUCUUUGGAUGGCCGAAGGCUUGAUUCUAGCAGAUGGACACAAUCCCUUGGAGGACAUUGGCAACGGUUAUUUUGAUGAUCUAUUGAGGAAGUCCUUCUUUCAGGAAGUCAAGGACGGUAAAGAUGACAGCACGAAAGUUUACAGAAUGCAUGAUCUGAUUCAUGAACUUGCCCAAUCUGUUGCUGGAAAUGAAUUCUUAAAAUUGGAGCAUGGCCGGCCUACACCAAGUGAUCUAGCAAAAACUCGUCACUCAUCAGUAGUUUGUAAUUUCCCGUCAUCUGCAAUUCCACCAGCCUUGCUGAAAGUGACACGUCUAAGAACCUUGUUGUUGUUGUCUCCUGGAUUCAGCUCUGAGGAGCUUCCUUUUUUGCCCACUAAUUUCAUGUAUUUAAGGGUUCUAGAUAUAAGUGGGUCCGGAAUCAAAAAACUCCAAAAAUCAAUAGGGAACUUGGUCUCUUUGAGAUACCUUGAUCUCUCCAAAACUUCAAUUCAAGCACUUCCCGACACAAUCUGUGACCUCUGCAAUCUGCAGACACUGAACCUCUCAGGUUGCUGCCACCUUCAAACACUGCCUGAUGGAAUGGAAAAGCUGAUUAACCUAAGACACCUUAAUAUAACUGGGUGUGAAAGACUUGCCCGUAUGCCAACUGGGAUUGGAAAGUUAGUUCACCUGCAGACAUUGCCGAUAUAUAUUGUGGGCAAGAGAAAUGGGGAAGGUAUUUCGGAACUCAGCUGCCUAAACCUACGGGGCGAACUUAACAUAAAAUGCUUGGAGAAUGUGAGAGAUGCAAAAGAAACAAAGCUUGCUAAUUUGAAACAGAAGAAGCACCUGCACGUUUUGGGAUUAUUUUGGGGAAACGAUGAUGAGAACAGGAGAAUGAGAUUGGCAAAUCAUACUGCAGGAAGUCAGCACUCAAUAGGAUCGUUACAUGGACAUUACAGUGAUGCUAGAUUAGAAGAAUUGGAAGAUAUACUAGAAUGCCUUGAACCGCAUGAAUAUCUGAAAAAGCUGUUCAUCAAAGGGUAUGCCGGCAUCAAGUUUCCAAGUUGGGGACUCCCAAGUCUGACUGGGCUUGUACUGAUCAAUCUCAAAAGAUGUAAAAAUUUACCUUCCAUUGGGCAGCUUCCAUUACUUAAGAAUCUCUAUCUACAGGCAAUGGAAGGCAUUGAGUUCAUCGACCAAGACUUUUAUGGCGCAGAUUAUAUUCAGUCACCUUUCCCAUCUCUCAAAGAACUAACCCUCAGAGAUUUUCCGAAUCUGAAAGAAUGGCGUGGCAGUAAUGGAGGACAAGGACUGUUCCCUCGACUGGAAAAAUUGAUUGUAAGCAAGUGUCCAAAGCUUUCCACAGCACCUGUCAUUCCAUCUCUUCAGCAUGUAGAGUUGCAGGGUUGCCAUCCAUUGCUUGUGAACUCCAUGGAAAAUCUAACCUCACUCUUGGUUAUGGUAAUUGAUACUUUCCCAGACUUGUUACUCUUACCAGGAGAGCUGCUAAAAAGCAGUGUUCUCCUCACCUCUCUGAAGAUUAGCUCAUGCACUAAUCUUUCAUCGCUGCCUUCUGAAAUAGAGAACCUCACUGCUCUAAAGUCACUGAGCAUAUGUUGGUGUCAAGCGCUUUCCUCCUUGCCACAAGGAUUGCAGAACCUUACAUCAUUGGAAUCCUUGGAAAUCAGCGAAUGCAAUUUGAUUGACUCUUUGCCGGACGAUGGUAUCCGAGGUUUGAGUUCCCUUAGAACUUUGUCCAUUGAGAACUGUACAAAUCUGUCUUCGUUAUCGACUGGACUGCAAUACCUCAGUGCACUUGAGCACUUGACCAUUAUGUACUGCCCAAAAUUAGAUUCUCUGCCAAAUGAUUUGAGCAACCUUUCAACCCUUCGGAGUUUGAGCAUCUUAUGGUGUCCUCGUCUGGGUUCUCUGCCAGAGGGGCUACAGCAUGUUAGAACAUUGCAAACUUUGGAAAUUCGUAGCUGUCCUGGUCUGGAAGAAUUUCCUGAAUGGACUAACAAUUUAUCUGCACUCAGAUCAUUGGCGAUUUCAGAUUGCAACAACAUGACUUCGCUGCCAGAAGAAUUGGUAUGUCUCAGUACACUGCAGCACCUUUCCAUUCAAGACUGUCCUAAUCUGGAGAAGUGGUGGAAGGAUAUGAGACGUAGGGACAGACGACGGAUAUCUCACAUCUCGCAUAUCUAUAUUGGGUCGCUGUAAAAGGUAUAGAAUUGCAUGUAUGCAAGCUGCAUGCAACGAAAAUGGGGACACCUGAAUCAUGUGGUUUUCCAUUUUCAUGGGGAUUUUGUACUUCUCUGAAAGCUCUGCUAGCUCCCUCCCUGCUUUUGCUAAAAGGCUGAAUGAAAGCUCAUACCAAGAGUAAGGGGAAUAUAUAUAGAGUUUCGCAAGAACGGCCGAGCAAAACCCAACCUCAACUCAUGAAUUAACUGCAUUGAUCAUCACGUACGUACGGUGGCCCAU